AUUUAUCCACUUGGCGACAAGAAUGUGGAGCGUCCAUCCCAAGCUUUGUCCACGUCAUCCUUGUCGUCUCUUCAAAUCAGCUCCACUGCUAUCUGAUUUUUUGUUGCCUUAGUAUCUUCUUUCUUCCCCUCCUUGCCUGCCACUUCCAUUUACCCUCUCACGGACCAGCGAUGGCUCUCAAGUCAUGCCCUAGCUUUGUUGCAGAGUUGACCGAAUAUAUUGUAUCCUUAUAUCCUUGAUGGAUAAUCCAGUCCUUUCCCUUUCUCUCCUCCAAGUGGCUUGUCUACUUCUUUACUCCGUUCGUCCGUCAUGGUCCAAACCAUACCCUUCCACGUGGAGCAGCUCUUCGGUGGUGCUCUUCUGGGGAAUAUCAUCUGCGCGGUUUUUUUCGGGAUACUCACUGUGCAGGUCGUCUUUUAUUAUGGCCGUUUCCCUCAUGAUAGUAAAUGGACAUGGCGAGCGGUUGGAUUUCUCUGGCUUCUCAUCCUAACCCAAGUGAUUAUGGUGACUAGGGUGAAUUGGAGGUGGCAGAUCGAAAAUUACUCCAACCUCGAUGAAUUGCAACAAGGAAAAUGGCAACUUGUCAUAUACCAACUUUUUGCGUCAGUGACAUCCGUCACCGUGCAGACUUUUUUUGUGUAUCGAAUUUGGAGUUUAUCUUCGAGUAUUUGUGCUGCUGCCCCCGUGCAAGUCUUUUCCCUCGCGCAGUUUGCCUUCGGCAUAGCACUUCAAGCUAAGGCGGACAUGUCGUCGACUUUCGCUGAAAUCGUCCAGAAGUGGGAUUGGAUAGCUACAGCUUGGCUAGUGAUGCAGGCGGUAUGUGACGCUUCAAUAGCGGUGUUGAUGACGUCCCUGUUAUGGUACCGGAAGACUGGUUUUAGAAAAACGGACAGUGCUAUCAACACAAUAAUAUACUGGGCUAUUGCGACGGGUAGCAUAACCUGUGUUCAAUCUAUUACCGGGCUAGUUGCCUUCGCCAGAUCUGGCUUCUCGCAUCUUACUCUCAUAAUGGGGAUCACCUUCAGUUGCAUGUAUCCCUUAUGCAUGCUCACAAACUUACAUAUGCGGUCUAGAGUACGAAAGAAGUUGACUGCGCCUACGAGGGGCAGUGAUAAACCAUCUAUUCCUCUUGAUGCAUUAACAUCUGCCCGGAGGAGGGCUGUGAUUGCUCAUGAGCGGGGCCAGCCCAUGCCACAAACCCGACUUGGCAAUGUUGUUAUAAACUUUCAUCGUUCUAGGUUCGAAGACAAUCACUGCAGUGUAAGUCCUUUCCCAAGUUCAAUGUCCACUUGAUAGACUGUUUGGGGGCUGUGAUAAUAGAAUGCUCAUCAACUCGAUCAUGGUUCUUGCCUGUCAGAUCCUGAUCCUGAUGCCCCGGAGUUGUGUGAUCCCCAUCUCCCAGAUGCGGAACUUGGAAAUGUCUAUUGAUGGUUUUCCCCACUCCAUCGAUGUUGAUUUGCAUCGAACAAAAGGCACCGACAGGAAGCCCUUUGAGCUAGUCUACAUGUUUGAGACAACAAGCUUUUGAUUGGUUCUUAUCCUCUGUAUUUAAAUUAUUGUGGAUAGCCUUAGUAGUAUUAAUGCAGUCAUUUUCUUUGUGUCACUGA